AUGAGUGCCCUCAGUCGCUUCUUGUUUACCAGAAAGCGCCUGAACAAUACCACUGUAUCGCAAGUACUCAUAGCACCGCGACCGGCCUCACUUCAAGACUCUCUAACUCGUCUAUAUGGAUUGCGGACGAACUCAACCUCAACCUCAAGCAUCGACACUAUGAAGACUAGAAAGUCAAUUCCAUAUCUCCUCCACAGUAAAGAUGAGCUAAGCCCAUAUAAACGACUUGGAGUUAUGAUUGUGGGAAUAAAGUGGGCGAAGAACUUCACUGAAACAUGGUUUCCCUUCCCCAAAUUUAAACAUCACCUCCGGGUCCGACUACGCGGUCGAAUGUUCUACACUCGGAAAACUCAUCGACAAAAUCUUAACCUAAGCCUUCUUUGCACAUGUAAGCAAAUCAGUCUUGAAGGAUUCAAGGUGAUUUAUGGCGAAAAUGAGUUCGGGUUCUUUGCAUACAACAGUAGCAUGGCAGCGUGUUUGUUGAGGCCGCUUACGAAUGGUAUGCCGGAUGGUGGUUAUGGAAAGACCGGCACGGAAGGUAUCGGGGGUGUACGCAACAAAUUCCUUUCCGCACACGAAAUGGCCGCAUGGUUACUCAUAUCACUUAUUCAAAGUAUGGUAUCUGCAUGGAGAUCUAUUUCAGUGUUGAGAACCGAGUACCGAAAAGGGCGCAUUGCUGCCUACCAGGCAAAUAAGGGCUGCUCUUGUGCUACUGCACUGGUGGCCGUCACCUUUGAUGCGCAGUUUCCGAUAACCACCCCUUCGUUGACUAGAAGGCGGAAGCAUGGUUCCUGCCAAGAGAAGAAGAAUGAGGAGGAUGUCAUGUCGACCACGCUGCGCUCCUGCCAAGUUAAGAGAGCGCGAAUAUGGCCGCCUCGCCCUGCGACGAACAACUUGUUAUACAUUUUACCAAAAAAAUUGAAGACAUCACGUCAGUUGGACAACCAAACGCCGACAUCUGGCAAUUCCCUGAACCUGCAUGGCCAGAACACCCGUAAGUCAACCAAACCGCAUCUGGCUACCCUGUCCCAUAAGACCAACUGCAAAGCCGGCCUCCCAGCUUUUCGGGCACAUAAACCUCGGGAGCUAAGGAAAUAUAAACGCUUCCCGGAACUCUACAAGGAGAUGAAGUAUGCCUACCGGUUUCCAUUCCGCUUCCUUGACCUUCCGGUAGAAAUCCGUCUUUCAAUCUACGAGAUCGUCCUCAAGCUCUCCAAACCCAUUGAGAUGUGGCCUGAAACUGGCUUCCCUGGUCUCGGAAACCGGAUGGCUCGGGGCCGCAAUUUCCGUAAACUCCAUAAAGCCCAUAGCAAAUGGAACUGCAACAUCAACCUUCUCCGCACUUGCCGCCUCAUCAACACCGAAGCAGGCGAGAUCUACUAUGGCAAGAAUUCAUUCCGAUUCUCCGCAGUGAAUGGCUGGAUGGUAGCAAACACUUUCCUGUAUCAAAUCGGACGUCGAAAUUAUCAGCAUAUUACCUCUCUGACCCUCCCUCUGCCAUUCUGGUACGAGGAUUACGAAAACAGGUUCAAAUGCAUCUACACUAGCACUUCAUUUCGCAACUUCACGGCCGCCGUUCCUUUCCGGCAUCCGCGGGAUUUGGACUACGAACUCAGCUGCUUCGACGUGUGUUAUGCGUUAAUGAAAUUUGAGAGGCUUAAGACACUGAAUCUGGUCUUGCCGCAUUGGUAUCAAUUUUGUGGUGUCUUUCCCUACGGUUAUCUUGCCUCUGAAAUACAGAAGACGGGUGUGUUACCACUUCUCCGCGAGCAGCAUCCUGAAAACAAGAUGAUUGAAGCAAUAUUGAAGCUUCAAGAGAAGUUAUCAGGGACGCUUUCGGUAUCUAUCGUGCGGCUCUUCCACUCCUUUAGACCCGCUGAGUUCAAGUUUAUGAAGUGUCCACAUCAUUGGAAGUUCGUGCAACAGUGUACGGAGCUCGGCUGGGGGGUCAAGUAUGCCGUGUAUCGUAAUGGCGCCUACGAGGUGGUUGAUUCCACUGGAGGGGAAUAUGAAGAAAUUGCCCCGGAUGAUAUUGACCUCGCCGGCUACAGAUUGGAGGGCACCGGCAUCGAAUCGUCUAUUUGGGAGGGCAUCAGAUGGUUACCUUCGAGCAAGUCAUUCAAAGCUGCUAGAGUGGAAAGGAAGACACAAAAAUCUGAAUAUGUUGAAGAUUUUAACGAGCUCAUGAAAUUAUGGAUUAACGGUUCUUCCAAAAUUUACAAUAAUCAUUCACAAUGA